UUUCCUUACGUUUCGACUCGCUUUCAGUUAAGAUUAUCUCUUGUGAUACACGCUUAGUUUGCCAAGCUGUGCACCUGUCAAAACGUCCGGUUGCCAUGAUUGAGCACCGAAAAAGCUGUUUUCCCAACAGAGCUAACCGGCAGCGUCUGUGGAUAACGUUUAAAUGAUGGCGCAGGGAAAUGGAACAAACAGGGUUCCUUUCUCGUCUAAUGGAACAACACUGUGCUGUGUUUGUAGCUUGUUAACGUCGACAAAAUCCACAUUGUUUUCGUACCGCAUUCGAGUUAGCACGCCGAUGUUACCUGCUUUUAAAUGCCAAACAUCGCUUGUAUAUUGUCUGAUGGGAAAUAUUUCAAGUCCCAUAUACAUAUGUGACGUUAAUAAAGCUUCAUAUCAACGCUUAAGUAACAUUUAAUGUGGCUAUAAACGCAUUACAGUGGCUUGUAUGUUGUGUGGGAGGAAAGUGAAUUCUCGCAUGAUUUUUUUGUGUAGUUCAAGUCGUCAAAUGAUUGCGUUUCAGUGCAUUGUUCACCCUUUUGUCGUCGUGGGUAUUCAAACAGUUUACCAGUGCUGUCAUGGCCAUACAAUUGUUCUCUCUUGUUGAAAACAUCCGUGUUGUUCGACCUUCUUACCCUGAGGAAAACGAAACCAGUUACCAACAUGGUCAAAAGUUUCCGGGUCUCCGACCUGCAGACGCUGCUGGCCUCCAUGGGCCGCAGCAAGAGCGGCUUGAAGCAUGACCUGGUGGGCCGGGCGUUGAGGCUGGUCCAGACGGAAUACAGCCCUGAGCUGCUCAAGAACGUGCGACAGCUCUACGAGUCACGCUUCCCCAGAACGUCCACCUGGCUGGCUGCACGGCGUCCGGAGGGCAUCCCGGUUUCCUACUCGUCCCUCAGCUCAGCCCCGUCAGCCACCUCUCAGGGUGUUGAAUACCUCAACGGCAUCUCUAAACCGAUGGCCACCCCCGCGCCGGAGGUCAAGCUGGUGCCGCUGCCCUUCUAUCAGACUUUGGAAACACUGCUGCCACCAACGGAGCUCAUUGCCCAGAAUAACGAGAAACUGCAAGACAGUCAGUGCAUAUUUGAGUUAACACCAAGUCAAGCAGACCAAAUCAGAAACGCAAGUGAAAUUCGCCCAGGAAUUAGAUCGAUCCAGGUGGUGCUUAGAAUAUGCUACACAGAUUCCAUUGGGGUUCAAGAGGACCAGUAUCCUCCCAACAUCGCUGUCAAAGUCAACCAAUCUUACUGUCAUGUCCCGGGCUACUACCCCUCCAACAAGCCUGGCGUGGAACCUCGACGUCCUUGUCGCCCUGUAAACAUCACUCCUUGGUUACAUCUCUCCAGCGUCACCAACAGAGUCACCGUCACAUGGGGAAACUUCGGCAAGCGGUACUCUGUGGCAGUGUAUUUAGUGAGGAUGUUCACUGCAUCGGACCUCUUCAGCCAGCUCAAACUCUGCUCUGUUGAGAGUGCGGAGCGCUGUCGUGAGCGCAUUCAAGAUAAGCUACGUUUUGACCCAGAAAGUGAGAUUGCCACUACAGGCCUCAGAGUUUCUCUCAUUUGUCCACUGGUGAAGAUGCGCAUCGGUGUGCCGUGUCGAGUUCUAACCUGCGCCCAUCUUCAGUGUUUCGACGCAGUCUUCUUCCUACAGAUGAACGAGAAGAAGCCCACGUGGACCUGUCCCGUGUGUGACAAGCCGGCGCCCUUUGAGCUGCUCACUAUUGACGGGUUGUUGUCUGAUAUCCUAAAAGAAACGAGCGAGGAAAUCGAGGAGAUUGAGUACCUGACGGACGGCUCCUGGCAACCUAUCAGCGAUGACAAGGAGAAGGAAAAAGAAAGAGAACGCAGCGACACGCCAGAAUACUCAAUGGUCGAUAUGUGUGUUCCUGAGACAAACGGUCACUCGCCGGCCCACAGCAGCACCAGCCUGUCGGGCAAAUCUGGUGGGGGCACGGCGGUGGCGGCGGCGGCGGCAGCUGUCGUCGGAGGAGGGCCCUCCGCGCCGCCUGGAGGCGUGGUGGUGGAUCUGACUCUUGACUCGUCCUCUGAGGAGGAAGGGGGCGGGGCCGGCGGCGACAGCGAGGACACUGAGGACAGCGCGGACAGCCCCACCCCCAAGAGGGGGCGAUACAACUACGACAAGGACUUGGUCACCGCGUACUGACCCCUGCACCUUCUCAUCAAUCCCCCUCACCCCGCCUUGUGGACUAUACAAAGGGGGGCUCAAAGCACGGCGCAGUAAUACACUAGACAGUGACCUUCCAUCAUUAAAACAGUCUUUUAGCAGCAAAACAAUCUUUUAGCAGCUCCACACACACAUUCAGCCUAGUCUCAUUAGGAUUCCCGUUUGUACUCUACUCAACCACUGGAAGCCAACCAGUUUUGGCUAACCAUCAUCCUGCAGCAAAUACUUGUACUAUACUGUCCUCAUUGAGAGAAAUUCAAUUGAUUCCUCGCAAACCUUCUCCUCCACCAUCAACAUCUACAAUUCCUUCACUUGACAGACUUCUUCGUCUUUAUAUCUGACCAGGAACAAUAGGCUCUUAACGCCGCUGUGCGUCUGAUUUUUGGCACAUUUGUGAUGAAGGAGGGACUGUUUAAGCAAAGUCAAAGUUGGGGGGGGGGGGG